UCGCGUAGUGACAGCGCCACAAGCGUUUCAGAGCAUAGUUACGCAGAAGGUGGCUAAGCUGGUAUGGUAAAUAGUGGGUGUAGUUACCUAACCGUCAUGGUUUUUGUAAAGAACCGUUUCUGAAUAAAACAGGAGGUGUUUUAUUAAGCGUUCAUGCAAGUAUGGAAUCGGACGCUAUAAUGAAGUUGGAGUUUGCAGUGCAGAUGACGUGUAACAACUGUGUGAAGGCUGUCCAAUCGGCUUUGGAAGUACCAGGAGUGCAGUCUGUGGCGAUAGACCUGGCACAGGAGCAAGUCCUGGUGGAGUCCACACUAACGUCUCAGGCGGUGCAGGCGCUGAUUGAGAGCACAGGGCGGCGUGCUGUGCUGAAAGGAAUGGGCACUUCAGGGCAAGACCUGGGUGCGGCUGUGGCGAUGAUUGGCGGCGUGGGCCCCAUCCAGGGUGUGGUGCGCUUCCUUCAGGUCACCCCUGAGCGCUGCCUGAUUGACGGGACCAUUGACGGCUUGCAGAUGGGCCUCCAUGGCUUACAUGUCCAUGAGCUUGGGGAUCUCACACAGGACUGCCUGAGCUGUGGGGAGCAUUACAAUCCUUUUGGAAGACAACACGGUGCUCCCCAGGACAUAGAGAGGCAUGCAGGAGACCUGGGAAAUAUCCUAGCAGGCCCAGAUGGCAGGGCGUUGUUUCGCCUGGAGGACUCUCAGUUGAAGGUGUGGGACAUUAUUGGACGCUCUCUGGUUGUGGACUCUGGAGAGGAUGACCUUGGUAAAGGAGACCAUCCAUUGUCUAAAAUAACUGGAAAUUCUGGACAGAGGCUUGCCUGUGGCAUCAUCGCUCGCUCUGCUGGCCUCUUCGAAAACCAAAAGAAGAUCUGUGCCUGUGACGGAGUCACUCUUUGGGAGGAGAGAGAUCGGCCUCUUGCAGGUCCUGGCCGCAGGGCCCCUGAGACACCAGCAGCCAAUUUGUGAAGAGAACUGCACUUUGUUACCGCAUUUGCUGUUGCUGUCACACUGGAGAGCUGUGUUCAAACAGAGAAUCAAGGAGCACUGAGCCAGGGUGUGGGGUUUAUAUACAGAUGAAAAUUUAUGCACAACAGUGCUUUCAUUCUGUGAAAUUGAACUCAUGCAGAACAUUUUGUACUGAUAUAAUUGUAUUUUUUUUUUUUGUUAAAAAUAAAUAUUUGUUUUAUAUUUAUACCUAAGCAGUCAUUUACAGCAUAAUAAUAUUAAUGACUGAGGAUUCCAGCUUAUAUGCUUGUGUAAUUAAUGCUAAUUGGCAUUUUCAACUAUUGUGCUGAGCCCUGCAGCUCAAUAUCUGCAAAGAAGUGGGGAAAAAAAAUCAGUAACCAGCAUGAUUUAUGCCUAACCAUAGUAUUGCUAAAGCUAGACAAACCAGUCCUUUUUACAUUACUAGCCAAAGUUUCUCUGUAGUUGUAGCCUGUUUUAAGCCAGUGAUUCCAUGAAAAUAGAUUCUGUCCUUACAUUUAUACGCAAUGCCUAUAUGUACAAAUUACUUCAGUUACCAGCAUAUUAAUUUGUGAAAGUCGGAGGACCUACUUAGAGGGCUGGAUGUAGGUUAAUGUCAUAGCCAGCAUGAAGCUCAACAAAGUAGAUUCACUUCUGGCAUUAAUGGGAUUUGAACCACCAACCUUCUGAUUGGCAGCACAGAUCCUCACCCUCAAAGCCGCCACUCUGCCUCUGAUGUAAGGGACCUUGAUUAUGGAUAAUGUAUCUGACCAGUUUGUGGCCCUGCAGCUCAGCAGACAGCACAGUUCACUCACUCCUCUAAGGCUGGGGGUUUUAAUCCCACCCCUGUGUUCUGCAGCCACCAUGUUCAGAGUAUGUGGUUGGAAGAUGGAUGGAAGUAACAGGGCUGUGAAAUGAUUUUUUUUUAAUUUGCAUUUUCUGAGAGUAAUUGCACCUAAUAUCUUAUAAAUAUUUAUACACUGAAUCCCAAAAUUAAUGUGUGAGGGGUGGUGUAUAUGGGUCAUUGUCACAAACUUACUGAAACACUUUUCUCUAAUUUGUAAAAUUAGUUUGAAGACAGACUCUAACUAUACAACUACAUUACCUAAAAUGUUGAUUUAGCCUCUGCAGUGGUUAAUUAGUUUUGCUUUUUUACCAUUUAUUUCUGUAAUUAUCAAAAGUAUUUUAUUGAAUCGAUAACUGAGUUAGUGAGAUGAAGAGAAAAAUGACAAAACUUGCACAAAAAUAUCUUAUCAAACAAUUUGAUUUUUAUGGAUUACAUGCAAUAAAAAUGAAAGAAUUAA